AUGGGCUCUCUCCCAUUUUCUCACUUAUUCCGUCCAUUUCUCUCUCUCUCUCUCUCUCUCUCUCUCUCUCUCUCAGUCACUCUAUUUGUGAUUCUCUCUCUUCUUCUAUCUUGCAAUGAUCGCCCCUCUUUUUAUAUUGCCCUAUUAUUUUUUCACUUAUUCACCCCCUUUCAUUUCGAAUCUUUCCCUCUUCUCUGUCAAGUGUUCCCCAUUUCUUUAAAUUGUCCAAUUUUCUCACUUUUUCACUCCAUUACGGUAGCUUUCUGUCACUCUCUAAAUCACCCUGAUCUUUACUCUUUCACUUCUCUCUCUCUCCCUCUUUCUGUCUUUUCCCAUGUUUGUCACGCUCUUUACACAAUCGCAUUUUAUUUUUUCAGUCCAUUUCAUUUCUGUCACUCCCCCCUCUCUCUCUCUCACUCGCUCUCAGUCACUAUGUUCUUGAUUCUCUCUCCCCGCUUUUCAAUGGUUGCCACUUUAUUUGAAUUGCCCUAUUUUCUCACUUAUUCAGUCCAUUUCAUUCCUCUCUCUCUCGCACUCUCUCUCUUUCUCACUAUGAUCGUGAAGCUCUCUCCCUCUAUCUUGCAAUGGUUGCCACUCUUCUUAAAUGGCCCUAUUAUUUUCUCACUUAUUCACUCCAUUUCAUUUACCUCUCUCUCUCUCUCUCUCUCUAGUUAUUUAUCUCUCUCAUUCACUAUGUGA